AUGGGAGAACACAACCUCAAAGUAGUGCAGGAGUUCUCGUAUUCAGGCGCAAAACUAACGAGCAACAAUGAUGAAGAAACAGAGAUACAAAAACGAAUUCCUAGAUUGUCGAUGCACGUGAGAUUGCAAAGACUCCGGUGGAGUGGUCACGUCCAAAGAAUGCACGCAGGACGUGUACCUAGGAGAAAUUUGGAAGGAAAACCUGGGGGUAAGAGAUCUGUGGGAAAACCUAGAGCUGGAUGGGUGGACGGAGUGAACGUGGAUACUAAGAAUAUCCUGGGACUCCGAACUAGAGUCGAGAGAGUUUGGGGGCGGAGAAUCGAGGAGACUAGGGCUCGAUUUGAGCUGUAG